GGAAGCUUAGAUUUUAGAUUUAUUUUAGUCUUCAAAGUUUCUUUUCAACAUAAAACCAUCUAACCUACACCUCUACCUCACUUUUGACCGGAUGCUUUUUUUUUACAUUUUUGGUUUUACCUGAAAUAUAUAUUCUCACACCGAUUUAAUCAUCUGUAAAGGUUAAUUUCUUACAAGUACAAUCGUGUACCAGUUAUCGCUAAGGUCUUCAAGAUAUCAUCUUCUUAGUAGGUACUAAGGAGUCGCGAUUCUAAGGCGAUUUACGUCUCGUCUCGUCUCAUAUUAUUUCAUCUCAUCCAGUGCUCUUUCAACAACUAUGUCUGGGCAGAUUCCUGGCCUGACUAUGUCAGGACCAGAUACCUCACAGAGCCAGUCAGGUGGCCAUGAUGAAGCCAAUCAAAUCACAUCUCAGCCUUCCAUGGAAAUGGAAAUUGAAGAAACUGCUCAAAUUGGAGAAACUGCACCAUCUGAUAACCCCAUACCUUCUAACAAUGCCAUGGCAGAAGAGAAGGUCCCGGAGAAUACGGAUAUUGAGGUCGGCGAUGCUCCUAGCCCACCAUCGCUAACUUCCGCCUUGGAAGCACUUCUUGGCAGUUUGGAUCCCCCGGCUCAAGAACCCGCUCAAGAACCUGGCCUUACAAAUGCUCAGCCGAACAACACAGAAGAGAAUGAUCAACCUCCCGAGCAUGAUGACCAAGGCAACCCUGAGUGGGAAGAAGACUCAUCCCCCUAUGAAUCGUCGUCUGACUCGAGCAGCUCCGAAGAUUCGGACGAGGAGUCAGAAGACGGAAAGAAUUACAAGCUAUUAGGUCCGGAGGAAACUGCCCGCAUGCUUAUGGAAAUGGAGGGCGGUUCAGAUGAUGAAGGUGAAGGAAAGGGAAAAGGGACUGGUUCCGGCGCUCAAGUCCGGACUAAGAAUGAGCAGCCCGAAGAAGUAGUUCCCAAGCCAGAUAUCACCAUCACACCCGAGAUGGAAAUCCUAGAGCUUGGCGUCGUCGAGCACGUCGUCGAGAGCACAGUUGUAAUCAAGGCAACUACUACGGGCGAGUUCCAAGUUCUCGAUACUGGCUCCGUCGUAUGUACAGAAGACCGCACAGUUAUUGCAGCUGUAGCAGAUCUAAUCGGCAAUGUGAGACAACCGCGGUAUACUGCCAGGUUCACUAAUGAGGAGGAAAUCAAAUCAUACGGUCUAGAGCUAGGAGCCAAGGUUUUCUAUCCGCCAUCACAUGCCUCAUAUGUCUUCACCCAAUCACUUCGCCAGCAAAAGGGUACAGAUGCAAGCAAUUGGCACGAUGAGGAAGCUGGUGAUGAUGAAGUCGAGUUUUCUGAUGAUGAGAAGGAGGCCGAGCACAAGAGACAGCUGAAGGCUAAGAAGAGGGGAGGGCGUGGCGGUAAAGGCACUGCUGUAGGAGGAAGGGAAGGCCGAGGUCAUUCUGAGGCCCCAUCUUUCCCUGGACCCGAUGGCCUAAAAUACGAUGACGACGAAGACGGUCCUUAUCGAAAACUAGCGAGGCCAUCAAACUUUGCCCAAGCACCACCAGCUUCCUCAGCAGAAUCCGGAUAUACGAACGGGCAUGCAAGCAAUAAUAGCACUUUCCGAGGUGGUCGAAGCAGGGGACCGCGAGGCAACUCUUACGGACGUGGUGGACGGGGUAACCGUGGAGAUUCACGAGGCGGCCAUUCAUUACCGCCGAGGCCCCCUAGGGGACAAGAGUACCAACCACAGCCCCAGCAACAAUAUGGUUUUCCGCCAGCCCCUCCGCCACCAUCCAUGCUACAGUUUUAUGGAGCGCUGAACGGUACUCAACAACCCAACACGCCGUUGCCUUUUGCGUGGCCGCAGAACGCACCGCAAGGCUUUGUCCCACCGCCGCCGCCGCCGCCGCCACAAUUCACUGGGCAACAAGCUAAUUCGGGCCCAUAUUAUAACCCGGAGUUCCUCGCCGCUCUGCAACGCCAGAUGCAAAGUCAGCCCGGUCAGCAGAAUAAUCAGUGGUCAGGCCAUGGCGGUGCCAGCUAGUAUCAUAAAGCCAUAAAUGGUGGUUGGAGUUUAAUCGUCUCAUAUAUUGAUGUCUCACGAAUGGGACUGGAGAUAUAGUAUAGUUCUCCUGCUUCAGGUGUAUGUGCCCCUAUUUCUAGAAUCUGAAUAUUGUAAUUAUUGUACUUAUGGUGACUUUUUUUAGGUAUAGUGAUGCAAUUACUCAAUUACCCUAGGUACACCUAAUAGUUGACAGAAUGUGCCAGUGGCUUCAUUGAGAAUUAGCACAGCAGUGGACAGCACCGUAGCUACCAGCCUCUCCAACAGGAUGGGGGGUUUGGGGUGAAGCAAGAACUCAUUUUAACUAGGUGAGGGUCUGGAAUACUUGCAUAUCAGAAAGGUGUCACAGACUAGAGAAUACUCACUCAAGCCCUUCCUAUCUGGGACAACAUCCAUUGCACGUUGAAGUAAAUGAGUUCCAUGUGGUAGCACAUAGCAUAGUCUACAGAUUAACUCUUGCUAAGAUGUGCCUGAUUAUGAGGGAUCUAUAGGUCCACCAUACCAAUCAACUUUAUAAUAUUUCAU